AUGGAGUCAGCAGCUUCGAGCGCACAACCGAGGGAUGAUCUAUUCGAUGUACCCUACGACCCUAUAAGCGAGACCAUCUAUGGUUACUCGGAGCAGCAACAACCACUACUACUCGAGGUGAUCUGCAACGCGCAAUGCCUCCAGGCACUGGUGGACAGCGGUGCGUCUCACUCGGUGUGCGACCGCGAGACGUUGGAGAAAAUUGGAAAACCUUCCGAGGAGACCAAGUUCACGGCAACGAUGGUGGACGGUACGAAACUUCCCAUCCACGGCAAAGCAUCACUUCAGCUGCACAUAGGGGUGCUAAGGUGGAAGCUGACGUUGCCGAUCACGAAUAUCAAGGCAACAGAGGAGGAGAAGCUACCUGCAGCAGUGAAGGAGGUCUUGGAGAAGUACAAGGAUAUAAUGCCCGACGACCUACCUGUAGGCGUACCCCCUGCACCCACCCACGAGCACAAGAUCGUGGAGGAACCAGCGACGUUCCAGGAGGAAAUGAACCAUAUUCUACGGCCCCUGCUGGACGAGUUCGUAGUGGUGUACCUGGACGAUAUCCUCAUCUACUCCAAGAACAUGGAGGAGCACGUGGAGCAUCUGCGGAAGGUGUUCGAGAUCCUGCAGAAAAACAAGUUCUACGUGAAGCUGUCGAAGAGCGACUCCGCCCUGAAGAAGGUGCAAUUUCUCGGGCACGUGGUGAGUGCCGAGGGCAUACACGUGGACCCGCGGAAGAUCGAAGCCGUCAAGAAGUGGAAAGUUCCGGAGAACGUGAAGGUUUGUGCCGCAGUACGCUAA